GUCCCAAGGCCCAGCCAUGGCCCUGCCAUGGCCCCACACAGCCCUCCCCACAGACCCAGCUGUUUCUUAGCCAAGCCUGGCCCCUGGGGUUCUGGCUGGGGAAGGGAGAGGGAGGGCACAGCAGGUGUGUUUCUUGCUCCGAAGGGCCUUUCCUCUACUGGGCACCUCGUGAGCGGGGAGUUCUCCCAGUUUAACAUCCUGCAGAAGGUAUCCACCCUCAAGGAUGGUGACUUCGUCUUGACUGAAAGCACCGCCAUCUUGAUUUACUUAAGCUUUAAGUACCAGACGGCAGACCACUGGUACCCAUCUGAACUUUGGGCCCGUUUUCAUGCCCACAAGUACCUGGGCUGGCAUGCUGACUGCAUUCGUGAUACCUUUGGCGUGCCCUUGUGGACCCAGGUGUUGGCACCACUCAUUGGAGUCCAUGUGACUGAGGAGAAGGUGGAGCGCAACAGGGCCACCACGGACCGGGCACUGCAGUGGCUGGAGGACAAGUUCCUGGGGGGCUGGGCCUUCCUCAACAGCCAGCAGGUGACGCUGGCUGACCUCAUGGUGCUGGAGGAGCUGGUGCAGUCUGUGGCUCUUGGCUGUGACCUAUUUGAGGGACAGCUGAAACUGGCAGCAUGGCGUGACUGAGUAGAGGCUUUCCUGGGUACUGAUCUGUGCCAGGAGACCCAUGGCCCCAUCUUGAACAUCCUAGAGCAGACGGCUAACAAAACAGUCCUGCAGCCCCCACCAGAACUCUCCCUCUAUAUGCUAUUUUAUAUUUCUAGGAUCCCCUGA